AUGGAGGAUAUUACUACGGAAGUUCUGCGCACCGCACCAACCAAGCCAGAGCUUUGUUCUUUGUCCCGGCGUCCUAUUCCUACCGUAAUGUAUGAGACGAAGAUUCCAAAACCCAGUCGUAUCGAUAUACUGUAUUACAACGGAUCGCCGAAUCAGCUGCCGGAAAAAAAGGCCGUAGUAUUAAAUACAUUCUCAUCGGGCAGCUGGAGAUUAGAAGAUCGAGCGGAAUUUAUGCCGAUUGAUGAUUGGCGAGUCUUUGAUCUGACGAUGAAGCCAGAAAAAGGAAAACUGAAAAUCUUCAUCAACAAUUUCGAAUUCGCCACCUAUGAGGAGAAUCGUGAGCUAAAAAGCAGCACACACUUCGCGAUUCAGGGGGAUGUUGAGAUUCUAAGUGUAAGAUCGGACGGGAAAUUGAUGAUU